AUGGCCCCUUCCAAGAAGCGGAAAGCUGAUGAAGAGUUCGGCGACGAGAUGUCCGUGUCGCCCAUGAGCUCUCCUGCUAUCUCGAGCCGUCAACUUUCGCGCCCAUCCAAGAAGGCUCGCGCCUCUGAUAUCACCGGCCGCUCCCUGCCUCUUCCACGGUUGCUCGAAGCUCUUAAUGCCUCGCAACUACGCACCAUUCUCCAAACCAUCUGCGACCACCACCCCGAGAUCGCACUGCAAGUCACCAACCAUGCUCCACGCCCGACCGCCGCCUCUACCCUGGACCUUCUCGGCGAAUACCAGCAGCGGGUGCGUAAUGCUAUGCCGUACGGCCACUCCAGUGCCGAUUACAACUACUACCGCGUCAAGCAGCCGCUUGUGGCCCUGGUCGACGCUAUCGCCGAUUUCACUCGCCAGUUUUUGCCUCCCGUCGAGACCCAUUCGGCUGCUUCGCUGCAGUUCUUGGAUGGCGCCACAAAGAUCAUCCACCAGCUUCCGGAUUGGGACAGCGUAGCGCAUCGCCAACACAAAGAGGGUGCGUAUGAUGAGAUAUCGCGGGCUUGGGCUUUGGUUAUCCAGGAGGCAUCAAAACGCGGUGGUGGCUUGGCCCUCCUGUCGGAGCACUGGGAUCAGAUCAUCGCCAAGCACAACCACCAGUCCGGCGGUCGGCUUGGUGCUGCCGUGAAUGCCCUGUCCACCAAUGUUGGCUGGGCUGGUGCCGCCAAUAACAGCAGCGCUGGCAGCAGCGCCAGCACCAAUGACCCUAACUCUAUUCGGAACCAGUUGAUGAACGGCACUUUUGGCUCGCCUGUACGGGUUGGCCCGUGGUAG